GACGCUGGCAGUUUUGGAGGUAGAGCGUGAUGUUUGGGAGGGCUACAAGCUUAAAAUUACGAGAUAAUUAUGAGCUUUUUUCUGCAAUCUAUGCCUAUACUCUUCAUAUAGCUGAGGUGAGAAGAUGAGAAAAUAAAGAGCUGAGCUGCUAACCAAUAUAGUACUAAUUCAGUUCAGUUAACCAAUAUAAUAUAUUAACAUUAUCAAUAAUGCUAUUUGUACCACAUUUAUUGAGAGAGGUGAUCCCACCAGUGUAUUUGGAUGGCAUCUAAUACCCUGCCUUAGAGGGGUGGUGAGCAGUAAAUGUUGUCAAUUCAGAAUUGUCCAACUGUUAACCAGUAUUACAUAUAAUGAAUUCAUAUCACAAUAAUUUUGAUUGAGAUCGGUCGAUCCACUAGUCCACAGUUCUUAGGAAGGAAGAAAGGAUUUGGUUGGUCUGACUCUGAGCUAGGUAUUCAUGGAGCAUAGAUCAAUGGAGUAUUCCAGCAGACAACGUUAUUGGGUGUUAGAAAUCAAACUCAUGUCGUGCAAAGAUCUGAAAGCCUUCAACUUCUUUCAGAAACUCUCAGUUUAUGCGAUUGUGUCGCUGAAGGUAAUUAGCGAUGAUGCGGAGAAGAAAGUAAAAGAAGCAGAAGAGCAGAUGAAUGAAGAGGUAGUGGAGCAACAAAUAAAAAAAACACCAACUGAUGGGGAAGGAGAUGGAAAUCCUGAAUGGAAUCACGAGAUGCGGUUUGAGUUUGAUCAUAAUGAUGAUCAUCGUCAGUUGAAGGAUGGACGGCUCUUGAUUCACUUUGAUCUGCGGCAUCAGGGUCUGGGAAUAUUGGGAAUCGGAGACAGAAGUAUAGGAGAGGUUCGUGUUCCCUUGAAUGAUCUGAUGAUCCCAUAUAUCCCACCGUCGCCGGCGAAUAAUUCUGGACUUGGACUUGGACUUGGACUUGGAGGAGUGCAGCAGCAGCAGCAGCAGGCAAGGUAUGUGAAUUAUCAGGUCCGGACUAGCGAUGAAAAACCCAAUGGGAUAUUGACCUUCUCCUAUAAGCUGAAGCUACUCAUUAAGGGUGCAGGUACUGAUGAUCAGCCGCGUAUUCAAUACCCCACAAUUACUUUGGAAGAAGAUGAUAUUAUACACAAGUUCAACAACACUAAUUCUGAUAUUACGAGUUCCGGAUCCCAGCAGCAGCAGCAGCAGCAGCAGCAGGAAUAUUAUUACACAUCAAACAUAUCAUCAGCUGCGCCCGCGCCCGCGCAUAAUAAUAAUUAUUUGCAAUCACAAUCACAGUUACAAGCUGAUCAUCAACAAAUAUGCAGCAGCUGCCUACCACAAUAUCAUCAUCCUUAUGAUCCACCAGUAGCAGUAGCAGUAGCAGGUCAUCGCACCUAUUAUCCACCGCCACCACCACCGCCACCUCCCCCGCCCAUGGCGGAUCAUAUGGCAUCUUACCCUUACCACCCUCCUCCACCCGGCCAUGGGAUGGUCCAUCCUCCAUGGCCACCCCAUCCUUACCAUGAUUACGGUCCUUGGAGCCCGCCAGCUGGGAUUCGACGACGCCCACAUGGAGAUGGAGAUGGAGAUGGACAUGAACAUGGGUUUUUUUAAUUAUUAGUUUGAUGAUAUAUAUGUAUAUAUUAAUACCGGAGAAUAGAUCGACUUGAAAUCCUGGCAGGCCGGGACUGGCUGCCGGAGAGAGUGGUAUGGUAUGUAAUAAUAUUAACAAUGUUCCCAAAGGCCCCCCGAAUUCACUCACGUCCAUGCAUCAUCAGUGCAUAUUAAUUAUAAAAUUAUAAAAUAUAUUAUCUCAA